UUUUGGUUAUUGGUGGAGGAGAUGGUGGAGUCCUGCGUGAAAUAGCACGCUAUUCCUCAGUAGAGAAGAUAGACAUUUGCGAAAUAGACAAGAUGGUUGUAGAGGUCUCCAAACAAUUUUUUCCAGAUGUAGCUGUAGGUUUCGAGGAUCCACGUGUGACACUUAAUAUUGGUGAUGGAGUUGCAUAUUUGAAGGCUGUUGAAGAAGGAACUUAUGAUGCAGUUAUAGUGGAUUCAUCCGACCCUAUUGGUCCUGCUCAAGAACUGUUUGAAAAGCCAUUUUUCGCAUCGGUUGCAAGGGCUCUUCGUCCAGGAGGAGUUGUGUGUACUCAAGCAGAAAGUAUAUGGCUUCAUAUGGAUAUCAUUGAGGGCAUUGUGGCCAAUUGUCGUCAGAUAUUCAAAGGUUCUGUCAACUAUGCAUGGACCACUGUUCCUACAUACCCAAGUGGGAUGAUUGGUUUUAUGCUUUGUUCAACUGAGGGUCCUACUGUGGACUUCAAGAAUCCAGUGUAUUCUAUAGAUGAGGAUGAUAGUCAAACUAGACCAUUGAAAUUUUACAACUCUGAGCUUCAUUCUGCGGCUUUCUGUUUGCCAUCUUUUGCCAAGAGGGCUAUUUGUUCUAAAACAAAGUGAGAACAUUUUUCAUGAGACUGAAGAAGCAAGUGUGGCUGCAGUGUUGCUUUUACUGGAUUGGUCCAUCUGUCAAUGAACUGUGGAAUAAGUUAAGAGCUUCAAGAUGAUGAUGAUGACAUUUUGAAGAGCAACUUUUGUUUCAUGAAAUGACUUGGUAGAUGACGGAUUCAGUUCCUAGUAAUUUACGUUGUUGACAGUUUAGAACUUCAGUUGAAGAUUACUUUUUGUUUAAUGCGUAUGUUUUUAUCCCUUUGAAGUUAGUAGCUUUUAGUAGUUAGUAUUUAGUUUGGUAACUACUCAUGAUAAAUUUUGUUUUAUACAAUGAGAAUUUAUAAUAAAAGUAGCUUUCAAUAUACAUUUGAUUAUAAUUAUAGACAUAA